CCUACCACGUCCCUGGAUGCUCAUUCUUCACCAUUCCGAAAAACAUUGCAAUAUCCCCGGUUACGGAAACCUAGAAUCAAACCCACAACCAUGGCACCAAACUACUCACUCCACACGAUCCCCAUCUACUGGAUCUUGGCCCUUGUUCCACACGCAGUCGCUGUGAGCUCCUUAAAGAAUGCCAACAAUGGAAGAUGGAACAACGCAAACCCACGAUCCGCUCAGAACGGCGAGAAUUGGCGGAAGUCCAUCCCCGCUGCCGUGAUCUCAAAGUACGAGCGCUUGGAGGCCGCGCACUCCAACAGCAUGGAGAACGCCCCUUUCUUCAUUGGAGCCGUCAUCGCUGGAAACCUCGCUGGUCUUUCAUCUGAUACGAUGAACACGGCUACAAUGUCGUUUUUGGCACUCCGCGUGCUAUAUGUCAUCGCGUACGGUACUAUCAAGUCGACUAAAUACUCGUAUAUCCGCAGUUUGAUUUGGGCCGUCUCCACGGGUGUUCUGAUGCGGCUCUACUGGCAGGCGGGCAAUAAAUUGAUCGCUUGA